AUGACGACACAUCCUCUCGAAGGCCAGGUACAAGGCAACCCUGAGCCAGAGCUCCUCGACGGCCGCAUGUGGGUUGAUGGCUGCUUUGACUUCUUCCACCACGGUGCGAUAUUCCAAGCUAGGCAACAAUGCAGCGAGCUCUACGCUGGAGUGCAUUCGGAUGAAGCGAUCCUCGCGAACAAGGGUCCCACAGUGAUGAACCUCGACGAGCGUGUUGCUGCCACCGACGCCUGCCGCUGGGUGACCAAGUCCAUCCCAUACGCGCCCUACGUCACCUCCCUCCCCUUCAUCUCCCACUACGGCUGCCGCUACGUCGUGCACGGCGAUGAUAUCACGUCCGACUCGGACGGGAACGACUGCUAUCGCUUUGUGAAGGAAGCCGGCCGUUUCAAGGUCGUCAAGCGCAGUCCAGAGGGCGACGGCUCGCCGGAGGAGCGGAUGGAACUGGGGGACAGCAUGCACAGCAGGAUAAAAUGCUACGCAUCCGACGAGACGGCAUUGGCACCAGGGGUGGCCGUGUGGUUCUGGCGCUCGAUUGAGCAGGCCACGUUGGAGGGCAGUGGGCCGGGCAAGUUCAGCCAGGUCAAGGGGAUACAAGGGAAACCUGUUCAGCCGGGGCAGAGGAUUGUAUACGUUGACGGCGGAUUCGAUCUCUUCUCCAGCGGGCACAUUGAGUUCCUGCGUCAGGUCGCUCUCAAAGAGGAGGAGCUUUCCAAGGGAGGGCCGCCAUCGUACAUCGUGGUGGGUAUUCACGAGGACAGUGUCAUCAACGAGUGGAAGGGGGUUAACUACCCCAUCAUGAACGUUUUUGAGAGAGGGCUCUGUGUCUUGCAGUGCAAGUACAUCCACGCCGUCGUGUUUGGCGCCCCUGCCAGCCCUUCACGAGCCUACCUCGAGAGCCUGCCCUCUGGGACUCCUGUCGCCGUCUACCACGGUCCGACUGCCUACAUGCCGCUGACCUACGAUCCCUACAAGGCGCCCAAGGAAAUGGGCAUCUACGAGGAAAUUGGCUCUCACGCUUUCCAGCACGUGAACGCAGGCGAGAUCGUGGAGCGAAUCAUGAAGAACAAAGAGAUGUACGAGGCACGACAGCGGAAGAAGGGUGUCAAGGCUGGGUUGGAGGCCCAGGUUAGGGAGAGAGAGGCUCUGGAAGAGGAGCAGAGGAAGAAGGAGGCUGAGCGAUUGGCAGCGGCCAAUUGA